AUGGAGGAGAUAUACUUCUACUGGCUGUGCCGGGACACACACGCCUUUGAGUGGUUUGCGGACUUGCUGCAGCUUCUAGAGACCCAGAUGCAGGAGAGGAACAACGCUGGCUUCCUCAGCUAUAACAUCUAUCUCACGGGCUGGGAUGAGUCUCAGGCCAAUCACUUUGCUGUGCACCAUGAUGAGGAGAAAGAUGUGAUCACAGGCCUGAAACAAAAGACCUUGUAUGGACGGCCCAACUGGGAUAACGAAUUCAAGACAAUUGCAAGUCAACACCCAAAUACCAGAAUAGGAGUUUUCCUCUGCGGACCUGAAGCCUUGGCUGAAACCCUCAGUAAACAGUGCAUCUCCAACUCUGAGUCUGGCCCCCGGGGAGUGCAUUUCAUUUUCAACAAGGAAAACUUCUAACUGGUCUCUUCACGGGAGAUCAAUGUGGGUUAUGCCGCCAAGUACCUAACCCAAUAAUGCUAGUUGAUCAUGUAAAUUCCCCCCUUACAAAAAGAGAGAAAAUGAAACUAUAAGGGGAAGGUUUUCCCCGAAAGGAGUGUUAAAGAUUGUUUGAUAGUGAUAAUUUGCAUUUGUAUGGAACUUUAUGGUUUUCAGAGCACUUUUACAAACUUGAUUUCAUGUUUUACUCACAAUAAUGCCAGAGAAAGGUAGGGCAAGGGUUCCUGGACUCAGUGUUUAGGAUUUAAAAAAAAAUAGGGACUCAAAAUGGUGAGGUAACUUCCCGAAGAUUAUGAAGCGUGGACCAGAUCUAGUCCAUGCGGCCCCAGGUUUGGUGGUCUUUCUGUGAUACCAGGCCACCUGGAAGUAGGUUCAUAUACUCCCCCCAAAAAGCAACAAUCCAGGGAGUGGCCAUUCAUUUUCCAUCUUGUGUUAUCUUUGUUAUCAUUGUUGUCAUAGUGAAUGAACUCUUCCAAAUAUUUAGUAGAUAAUAUAUGCCGAGAAGGAUUGAACACUUAAGAGGGACAGGAUGGCCAUCGGAGCAGUCUCCAGCUUAGCUUUGCUAAUUAAUGUAUCACUCAGCAUUUACAAUGAUGCUUGGCAGAGUGGAUACUCGGUGAAAGUUUGUUGAAUGAAUGAAUGAAAAGACAUUUAGAACCAUACAAGGCCCGGAUAGAAAUAAUUUAAAGCCUUAAACUAAGAAUUAGGCCAAGUAUGUAUCUGAUAUGCCCAGCUGCUUUAAAUAGCAUCUACCCCUUGUUUUAUUUAAAUACACACACAAAAAUGGCUCUUAUUUGUGUGACUACUGGUUUCUUGUUACAUCAUCAUCAUCAUCAUCAUCAUCAAAUUUAUGUCCUAGAAACCAAAAUCCCCAGCUUACUGUGUAGGUAUUGGAUUCACACCCAGUAGAAUGUUCUAGAUAUCCAUGAGUUCAAGAGUCUCUAAAUCACUGUUAGUGUGGCCAGAAACAGGGUUUUUUGUUUGUUUUUUGUUUCUUAGAACCACUCUUAUUUCUGGAAACUAAAAAUAUCUUUAUUUGCCCUACCCUGUGGAACCACAGAUAUUUAGAACUACUUAACUUUGGUAAUGAGGAAGAAAUGAGAAGAAAGCUGGGGGAAGGGCACAAGACUGGGUUAGGAGAAAAGGGGAGGGCAGGGGGAAAGAGAACAGGAGGCGAACGAGAGAAAGCAAAAAAGGCACAAGGGAAGGGGAGAGGUGGGGGUCUCACACUGGUCACUUUCCACCCCAGAUUCCUUAGUCUUGUAUGUAUUGAAGGAGACUUACACAUGCUCAUUUUACGUUGAUUACAUGUGGUAUUGAAUCUGAGAUUCUGGCUGCAAAUUUUGAUGCUGGGUGGGCAUAUUCAAAGGACCGGGAUGCAGUAGUAAGAACUCGGUUGUUCUCUCAGGACAUGCAGGUCACUGCGGGUUCCUCCUGACAAGUCAGGCUUGCCGUGGGCAUGUUGCCUCCCCAAAACGUCCCAGCAAGGCUUUUACUCGGAGAGACUUAGGUCCAGCCUGUUCACACUGCACCCCAGGUAUCAGUUCAUUCAUUCACCAAAUUUUUAUUGUGCUAUUACUCUGACUCAGGCUCUGGUGCUCACAGUCUCAAUUCUUUCCACCAGAGCGUGAGCGAGAGGGGGAACCACAGUUCUAGGCGGCUGAGAACCUUGGCCUUCUCUAACCUCUGUGGCAUAAGUAAAACUGACUCAUCUGUUGCUCUGAAAGUGUGUGUCCAGGGUUUUGUUUUUUUUUUUUUACCUUGAUGCCAACAUAGUUACCAUAGCAGAGAGCCCUGCCCUGCCCUGUAUUACCCUGGUUAUGAGAUGAAAAAUGAGUGUAAGAGUGCUCCUCAUUACUCCAUUCUUCUCCCAAGCCGCCGGCUUUCAGCUGCCCGCAGAGUUCUUCUGGCUUCCAGGACUUAGCACUUAGUAACAGGUACUGAGAGCAUGAUAAAGCAUUGCUUUUAAUCUCAAGGCUCAGAAGGCUUUUCUUAGUUCCCCUGCUUUUGCAAUAUUGCAUUUAUGAAAUCUGCAUACUUGUAGCUGUUGUAUUUGAAUAGUUUGGGGGGGGCCUGGGGGACAAUUCCUAGGAAGAACUAAUAAAGCUGUGCUCGGCUAUUAAAACAAAUGA